CGGAACUUUGCUUGUUUGCUCUGAAAGAUAUAGACUCAGCUUGAAUACAUGUAGAUUAAUUCACAGUCUCGAGUCACCGACGAUCGCUGUAUGAGCAGACAGUGGGAGGAUGCAUAUAUCUGACUGUUCGGCCAGCAGCCUCAGUUACUGCUAAUGGUAAACAUCUCAUUGCUACCCUUACCUACCAAGAGAUCUGAUCUUUACUGGGCCUUCAGCGGUGGCGGCGCCGGCACUCUCGGUGUUGUUAUAUCUAUGCCCAGUAUUGUUGAUGGUUCUUCCUUUACAUUCAACGAUCCCAAAGUUGGUAAGGAUGCUUUCUGGGAUGCUAUUGGUGUAUUUCACGCUCCUCCUCCUCCUAGUCUAGUUGGAUUUGGCAACAGUGCUCUGUAUACAUGUAGGCUUGCUCCUACAAAGUUUGCCCUUAUUGCCAUCGCUGUGCCUGGCGCAAAACUUAUGGCCUGUAUAAACGCUUUAAUGAAGCUCUUCUUCGAUAACCUCACUAGAACCGACUUCUAG